GCCAAGGCGGCGGAGCUGGGUGCCGAGCGCUGUAUUCCGCCCGGCCGGCCAGCCAGCCUGAGAGCCGGGUGGGGGCGGGAGGAAAAGGGGAGGGCUGGGGGGCGGCGGCGGAAAGGGGCGAGCCCCUCCGGCCCGGCACCGGGAAGAGCGGCCGCGGCGCCGGGCGAGCCCGGGAGGCGAGGCAGUGCCAUGCUGCCUUUGUGCAAAGUUGGGCGGCGGGCGGCGCGCCGCGCGCAGGGGCCCCGCACACCCGCGACCGCGCGCAGUCGUGGCUGCUGCUGAGUGGCGGGGGCCAGCGCCCCCCUCGCCCCCCCCGCUCCCCCAGCCCUUGAAGGCGGAGAGAGCUGGCGUCUCGCUCGGCUUCAGGGUAAGUCCAGCUGUGAGCGGGGUGUUCUGUUCUUCACUUCCAGCAAGCCAGAGUGUUAUAAAUGGACACUGACAUGGACUACGAAAGACCCAACGUGGAAACCAUCAAGUGCGUGGUCGUGGGAGACAACGCCGUGGGGAAGACGCGCUUGAUCUGCGCCAGGGCGUGUAAUACGACGCUGACGCAGUACCAGCUGCUGGCCACUCACGUACCCACAGUGUGGGCCAUUGACCAGUACCGGGUCUGCCAGGAGGUCUUGGAGCGUUCCCGGGAUGUCGUUGAUGAAGUGAGCGUUUCUCUCAGGCUUUGGGAUACUUUUGGCGAUCAUCACAAAGACAGGCGUUUUGCCUAUGGCAGGUCCGAUGUUGUGGUCCUCUGUUUUUCGAUCGCUAAUCCCAAUUCCCUAAAUCAUGUGAAAACCAUGUGGUAUCAAGAAAUCAAGCACUUUUGCCCUCGCACACCUGUUGUUCUAGUUGGCUGCCAGCUAGAUCUCCGCUAUGCUGAUCUUGAGGCUGUUAAUAGAGCCAGACGCCCUUUAGCAAGGCCCAUAAAGAGAGGGGAUAUUUUGCCCCCAGAAAAAGGCCGAGAGGUUGCAAAGGAACUGGGCAUACCCUACUACGAAACAAGCGUAUUUGACCAGUUUGGAAUCAAGGAUGUGUUUGACAAUGCAAUCCGAGCCGCCCUCAUUUCCCGCCGGCACCUGCAGUUCUGGAAAUCCCACCUAAAGAAAGUCCAGAAACCUUUACUUCAGGCACCAUUCCUACCUCCAAAAGCCCCUCCACCGGUCAUCAAAGUUCCAGAAUGUCCCUCCACAGGGACGAACGAAGCUGCCUGUUUACUGGACAGUCCUCUGUGUGCCGACGUCCUGUUCAUCCUCCAGGACCAGGAGCGGAUCUUUGCACACCGAAUUUACCUCGCUACCUCCUCUUCCAAAUUUUAUGAUCUCUUUUUAAUGGAAUGUGAAGAAACCCCCCACUGGAGCGAAGGAGCUUGUGAGCAAGAGAAGCAGAGCAGGGAUUUCCAGGGGCGGCCCCUGAGUCUUGACCCGGACGAGGAAAGGGAGGAGGGCACCCCAAGGACAUCUCAGGCCGAUCAGUGGGCGUCCUCAAGCCAGAACCUGUCCCAACAGGAGACCCCGGGGCUGGAAGCCGAGGGCUCAGCGGCGGAGACACAGACCCUGUCGGGCUGGAGUAAGGGCUUCGUUGGCAUGCACAAGGAAAUGCAGGUCAACCCCGUUUCAAAGCGGGUGGGCCCCAUGACUGUGGUCAGGAUGGACCCCUCUGUCCAGCCAGGCCCUUUCCGGACCCUGCUCCAGUUUCUCUAUACAGGGCAACUGGAUGAAAAGGAAAAGGAUCUGGUGGGCCUGGCUCAGAUUGCGGAGGUCCUAGAGAUGUUUGAUUUGCGGAUGAUGGUGGAAAACAUCAUGAACAAGGAAGCCUUCAUGAACCAGGAGAUUACGAAAGCGUUUCACGUCCGGAAAGCCAAUCGCAUAAAAGAGUGUCUCAGCAAGGGGACCUUCUCAGAUGUGACAUUUAAGUUGGACGAUGGAGCCAUCAGUGCCCACAAACCGCUGCUGAUCUGCAGCUGCAAGUGGAUGGCUGCCAUGUUCGGGGGGUCGUUCGUCGAAAGCGCCAACAGUGAGGUAUAUCUCCCGAACAUAAACAAGAUGUCAAUGCAGGCGGUACUGGAUUAUCUUUAUACCAAGCAGUUGUCACCUAACUUGGACCUGGACCCACUGGAACUAAUUGCCUUGGCAAACAGAUUUUGCCUGCCACACUUGGUUGCACUUGCAGAGCAGCAUGCUGUUCAGGAGCUGACCAAGGCCGCCACGAGUGGCGUGGGCAUUGAUGCGGAAGUGCUCUCUUAUUUGGAACUGGCCCAGUUUCACAACGCCCACCAGCUGGCCGCCUGGUGUUUGCACCACAUCUGCACCAACUACAACAGCGUUUGUUCCAAGUUCCGCAAGGAAAUCAAAUCGAAAUCUGCAGACAACCAGGAAUACUUUGAGCGGCACCGCUGGCCCCCUGUGUGGUACCUGAAGGAAGAAGACCACUACCAGCGAGUGAAAAGGGAAAGAGAGAAGGAAGAUAUUGCACUAAAUAAACAUCACUCGAGACGAAAGUGGUGCUUCUGGAAUUCAUCUCCAGCGGUCGCCUGAGGCAGAAGAGAAAAAAAAAAAAUCAGAAAUCUGACACACCACUUUUAAAAGCACUACUGUAAAAUUGGUCUUACUAUUAGAGAUAAGGUGUAGUUCAGGUGUCAGGCACUCAUCCUCCUCCACUUUCAUGCAUUUAUCUUUGUUGGGAUCAAAGCACAAGCUCACCAUCCAUGAGCCUGGACAAAAAGGGAAGUUGACGCUCACUGCAUUCCUUAAACUUGUAUAUUUUUUGUUAGAAGGCUUAAUAAACUUUAGUCCGUUAUCUCAUUUCUUUUUAUACAAAGGAAAACAAAUCCAGCUUUCAGGUUUCGAAUUCCAGAUUGGAAAAUAUUUUUAUAUGGUCUCUUGUAAAUGAAAAUACUGUGUAUUACUUUAUUUUACAGGCCACACAUUAACCAUGAAGUCGCCCUGUGAUUCUCUUUGCCCAUGUGACCACCAAGCAUUAUUACUUAGAGGGUUAUCCUUUUGUCGUGAAGUAAAGGGUUGGAAUGAAAUUCCCCAAAGUGCAAGUUAGGGAGUGUCUCAUCUUUGUUCUGCCGAAUCGUAUCGGUAUAAUUACAAAGUCAACUCCAAGAACGUGUAAUAUUUACAAUAUUUGCCAUGUAAGUGCUAGUAAUUAUAUGGUUAUAUGUGCCAUGUAAAAUAUAGUGAUAUCACAUCUUCUGUUGUGUAAAACAUCUAGAUUUAAGAGGAUAAUCUUUAUAAUCAUUAGAAGGGCUUAAUAAAUCCCAGCAUUAUCCAGGGCAAACUCUCUGGUGGACCUGAAUACAGAAGAUACCGUAAGAGCAUUGGUGUUCGGAUUGCUGUAUUAGGAUGUACAUCUCUCAGUGUUCCUUGAUCUUGCCAUGUUUCUGCAUGCAGAUUCUCCGCUGACUUGAAUCGAGAUGGGUAAGGGAAAGGGUCCCCGGACUCUGUCCCAACGUCUGCAGGCUUGUCACACCUCCCCACCGGAAACAGGCUUCCUCAGGUCUCUCACCUGUGGCCAACUUCACUUUGUAAGACCCAUAUUUUUAACUCUUCCCAGGGAAAAUUCACGUUGCUGCAGAAGUAGACCAAGGCAGACCACCCACCCCUGCUGAAAUUCAGUGGGGCCUGUGAAGGCACGAAGCUGGAGGCUGGGUCGUCUAGGGUCACUGCAUUCUCCAACGAAGACGGGAAUUCUACUCCAAGAGUCUAGGAAAUGGUGCUAUUGUGAGUUAGUGCUGACCCUUUGUCAUUCUGAGUUUUCAGUGUUAAAAUAGAAAGUAUUGAGCAGGGGAGUUUUGAGAGGCCGUCAAUCACUGCUUCUCUGUAAAUUAAAAUGUUACAGCACUCACGCAGAGCAUUUUAAGGCCACACUUCCAUACCUGUCAUGGAUGUUGUAUGGUGGAGGCUGGGACUUUUUCUAUCAGGAAGUCAAUUUACUGAUGCUAAAAGCUGUUGAUUUUUUUUCUAGCUUUCUGAAGUUGGAAAAGAGACAGUUGAAUCCAAACUCCAAUGUUGACAGCCAAAUAUAUUUGAAAAUCUAUCCAGAUUACAGAUGGACAUUUAUUACUGGCAGUGGAUACACACCACAUUUGAAAGCUGGGAGAGGCCCAGCAAUAAAGAGGCUCCUUUACCACCCUCUCAUGACAAAGGAGGGGGCAGUAGAGUAGGGAAGGAUGGGAUGAUUGUAAAUGCAUCUACUUUAGUUUUGGGUCAAUAGGUUGUAAGUCAUUAAUGGAAGGAGAAAGGAGACAGAAUGAGAGGAAGAAUCGGCAUAUAUCCCAUCAUAAAAUGGUAGAAGUUGAGUUUUCGAUGAGUAGUCAGAAUUGAAUUUAUACAACCAAAGCUCCCAUGUGAUUGUAAUCUUGCCAAAAUGUAAUGGACAUAUAAAUGAACCUGGGUAUAAGCAAUAAUAUCCACUAGUGUUUGUUAUCAGCUGCUGUAACCAAGUGGCUGGUUCAUUUGGUUGACGCUGAUUAUGGCCUUUUAACCAUGGUGGUUUGUUUUGUGUUUUUUAUUUCACGAAAAGCCAGUAAAAUCGUUUAGCUAUAAAA